AUGGACCAGAAUGGCGCGUCGACAGAAGCUCGCAGCAAGCGCAAGCAACCUCCAACUUCUCCCUCAACCGACCGACCUCUGAAACAGAUCAAGCCCGAAGUGGACGCACACACGCGCAAUGGCGUACCCAAGUCGCCGGAACUAGAAGUCGUAGACGACGCGCACAGCGUAUACAGCCUCGAGGAGCCCAUUGCGCCAGUAGCUGGCGCGGUGCACGACACGGCCGAAUGGCAGAAGACGAUUGAGGGCGUAGUCAAGAGCGUUGUGUCUAUUCAUUUCUGCCAGACUUGCUCCUUCGACACGGACCCGGCCAUAUCGUCAGAGGCCACUGGCUUCGUCGUGGACGCCGAGAAGGGCUAUAUUCUUACCAACAGGCACGUCGUCGGCGCAGGGCCCUUCAUCGGCUACUGCAUAUUCGACAACCACGAGGAGUGCGAUGUCUACCCCGUUUACCGCGACCCCGUACACGAUUUCGGCAUUCUCCGCUUCGACCCCAAGGCCAUCAAGUACAUGUCCGUCUCCGCCCUGCAAUUGCGCCCAGACUUUGCCAAGGUCGGUGUCGAGAUUCGCGUCGUUGGUAACGAUGCGGGAGAGAAGCUCAGUAUCUUGUCCGGAGUCAUCAGUCGUUUGGACCGCAAUGCGCCAGAGUACGGCGAGGGCUACUCGGACUUCAACACCAACUACAUCCAAGCUGCGGCGGCCGCAAGUGGAGGAAGUUCUGGCAGUCCGGUCGUGAACCGGGAUGGAUUCGCUGUGGCUCUACAGGCUGGUGGACGAGCAGAUGGCGCGGCUACCGAUUACUUCCUCCCCCUCGACCGACCGUUGCGAGCGCUCGAACUUGUCCGACGCGGCGAGGCCGUGACACGAGGCACAGUGCAGACACAGUGGAUCCUGAAGCCCUUUGACGAGUGCCGGCGGCUAGGCUUGUCAACGGAUUUGGAGAAGGCUGUGCGGACGCAGUUCCCUAAAGAGACAGGCAUGCUGGUUGCUGAAGUUGUGUUGCCGCAGGGCCCUGCGUCAACAAAGGUCGAAGAGGGCGACAUUCUGAUCAAGGUCAACGGCGAGUUCAUCACGCAGUUUGUGCGUCUAGACUCGAUCCUUGACGACAACGUUGGCAAGACCAUCUCUGUGACCAUCCAGCGCGCUGGUGAGAACCUGGAGGUUGAGCUCGACGUAGGCAAUCUGCACGACAUCACACCUGACAGGUUCGUGUCGGUGUCAGGAGCAUCGUUCCAUGACUUAUCAUACCAACAAGCCCGUCUUUAUGCUAUCUCCUUGAAGAAUGCUGGCGUGUUUGUCUGCGAAGCAGCAGGAUCAUUCAGAUUUGCGGAUGGUUAUGCCUCAGGUUGGCUGAUCCAAGAAGUGGAUAAUCAACCCACGCCAAAUCUAGACACUUUCAUCGAAGUCAUGAAGAAGAUCCCUGACCGCAAGCGCAUUGUCAUCCAAUACAAGCACCUCCGCGACCUGCACACUGCUAACACCAGUAUCACUGCUGUCGAUCGGCAUUGGCAUGCAAAGAUCCGCAUAGCGACACGCAACGACAAGACCGGUCUAUGGGACUUCAAGCCCAUUGCGGAUCCUGUCCCAGCCGUGCCGCAGGUGUCCAGACGCGCGAACUUCGUCAAGAUGAGCUCAAACUACCCAAAUGCGGUUGAUAUUGUGCGCAGUUUUGUACGGGUACAUGUCUCGAUGCCAAUCAAGCUUGACGGCUUUCCAAAGAUGAACAAGCAGGGCUAUGGUCUCGUCGUCGACGCUGAGCAGGGUCUUGUUCUUGUCUCGAGAGCCAUCUUGCCCUACGACCUUUGCGAUAUAUCCUUGAUCAUUGCCGACAGCAUCUUCAUCGAUGCCAAGGUCGUUUUCAUGCACCCACUGCAGAACUACGUUAUCGUGAAGUACGAUCCUGCGCUUGUCAACGCGCCUGUCAAGACACCCAAGUUCGCGACCGAAUUCAUUAGAAAGGGUGACGAAACAAUCUUCUUCGGCCUCAACCAGAACUUCCGACCCGUCGUGGCCAAGACCGUCGUCACCGACAUCACCACGGUCGCCAUCCCUGCGAGCGCCAUUACGCCGCGCUACCGUGCAACAAACUUCGACGCCAUUACCGUCGACACAAACCAGGCGUCACACAGCGGCUCUGGAGUUCUCAUCGCUGAGGAUGGUACUGUACAGGCUCUGUGGUUAUCCUACCUCGGUGAGCGGACUUCGCAUAGUGGCAAGGACGUUGAAUACCACCUUGGUCUGGCCACGCCCAACCUGUUGCCUAUUCUGAACGAGAUCAAGAGCGGUAAGACACCCAAGCUUCGCAUCCUCAACGUCGAGUUCCAGACCGUCCAGAUGAGCCAAGCCCGUGUCAUGGGUGUGUCGGAAGACUGGAUCGAGAAGACUGAGCAGGCCGACCCUGAGCGACAUCAAUUGUUCAUGGUCCGCAAGGUCGACUCUGGCCAUGGCGGCGACGGCAUGCUAGAAGGCGACAUCCUACUCACCCUCAACGGCAAGCUCGUGACCCGAUCGCCCGACCUAGACGUCAUGUACAACAACGAGUUCCUGGAAGCUGUCAUUGUACGGAAGCGCGAGGAGAAGACGAUCAAGGUCACAACCGUGGCAACUGAGGAAAUUGAGACAGACCGUAUGGUCAGCUUUUGCGGCGCCACCCUCCAUCGCCCACACCAAGCCGUGCGCCAACAAAUCAGCAAGAUCCACUCCGACGUGUACAUCUCCAGCCGCGCCCGCGGUUCGCCGGCGUACAUGUACGGCCUCGCACCAACAAACUUCCUAACCCACGUCAACAACAUCCCAACACCCGAUCUCUCCACCUUCCUCCGCGAAGUCAAGAAGAUCGGCGACAACGAGUACUUCCGCCUCAAGGUCAUGACCUUCGACAACGUGCCCUGGGUCGCCACCAUGAAGAAGAAUGAACACUACUUCCCAACGAUUGAGUAUGUCAAGGACGAUACCGAGGCGUUGGGCUGGAAGAGGAUUAUUCAUGAGUGUGAGGAUGGAGGCGCGAGGGAAGAGAUGGCGAUUGAUAAUGAGGCUGGUGGAGAUGAGGAGUAG